GCUUCUCUCCGGUUCAAUGGCGGCAGUUGGAGCGUCGUCCUUCGUGUUUUCUUGGGUUUUUGUUGACGGAGCAGCAGCGGGAGAGUUAAUAAAGAUGUAAGAUAGAAACAGCAGCAGUUGAUGAACUCUGGAAAGAAGAGAAACGGUUUGAAGCUCAGCAGGAACUGCUCAGUAACGGUUGAAGGAAAGUUUGGAGAGAGAAAAGCUACCAGAGAUGUGGAGACAGCAGGUCAAACAGCGACUGGAUGCAGCAGAGGAGCAGAGACACGAAAUACUGGAUGCUGCUUUCAGCCCCGAAGAUCGGCUGCAGUCAUUAGAUGUUCAGCAGAUGCUGCUGGUUAAAGAGGCUCCUGAAGAACAGAGUCCUGGUGUGGACCACAUAAAGGAGGAACAGGAGGAACUCUGGAUCAGUCAGGAGGAAGGAGGGCAGCUCAGUGUGAAGGAAGAGACUGAUGCCCCCAGGUGUCCAGAGACUCUCCACCUAAAGGAGGAACUCUGGACCGGUCUGGAGGGAGAGCAGCUCAGUGUGAAGGAGGCUGAUGCAAACAUGUUUCCAUUAACUGCUGCUCCUCUGAAGAGUGAAGAUGAUGAAGAGAAACCUCUGUUCUCACAGCUUCAUCAAAUAGAAAACAGAGAUAUUCCAACCAGUAGCGUAGCUGACCAGAUGAAAGUAGAACCUGAUGAAGAGGACUAUGGAGAAGCAGAAUCCAACAGGAAGACAGAUCUGAACACUCAUGGAGACACUUUCAACUCUUCUGAGACUGAAGACAGCGAGGAAGAUGAUGUGAACCAUCCUGACUCAGGAUCUGAGACUGAAGACAGUAAUGAUGACUGGAAGGAGAGCAGGACUCGUGAGUCAGGUGGAAACUCUGUCAGCAGAUCUAUAAACUGCUCUGACUGUGGCCAACAGUUUGAUACCAAGCUCUCUCUUCAGACUCACAUGGCAGAUCAUUCACCAAAUAGCUCUUCAGCUAAUAGAAAAUGUUUUAGCGAAAAGAAAAAUGUAGACACACCAAAGAAAGACCAAAAGGGUUUAAAAUGUGAUGAAUGUGGUAAAAGUUUUGAGAAGAAAAAUCAUCUAAACAAACACAUGAGAGUUCACACUGGAGAAAAACCAUUUGGGUGUCAUCUUUGUGGCCAAAGUUUUAGUAUUAAAUCAACUUUAAACAGUCACAUGAGGGUCCACACUGGAGAGAAACCAUUUGGUUGUGAUGUUUGUGGACAUAAAUUUAGCAUAAAGUCAUCUUUAAACAAACACAUGAGAAUACACACAGGAGAGAAACCAUUUGCCUGUGAUGUUUGUGGGCAUAAAUUUAGCGUGAAAUCAGCAUUAAAUAUGCACAUAAAAACCCACACAGGAGAGAAACCAUUUGGUUGUGAUGUUUGUGGACAAAGAUUUAGCCGAAAGUCAACCUUGAAUUUGCACACAAAAAACCACACGGGGCAGAAACAGUUUGUUUGUGAUGUUUGUGGAAAAGGAUUUAAUGAUAAUUCAUCUUUAAAAAAGCACAUCAGGAUCCACACAGGAGAGAAACCAUUUGGUUGUGAUGUUUGUGGGAAAAGCUUUAACGACAAGUCGACUUUAAAAAAACACAUGAAAAUUCACAUUGUUUGUAAUAUUUGUGGAAAAACAUUUAACCAAGAGGCAAGUUUAAACAUUCACAUGAGAAUCCAUGCAGAAGAGAAACAUAUGCUUAUGAUUUUAUUGCCAUAGAUUCUCAUGUGUAAGCUAACUGUAGAGACUCUCCUUAAAGUCUCUGUUAGUCCAGCUUGGAAGGUCCAGGUUUUAUGUGUGAAAAGCUACAAACUGAGGAGGGGGGGACUGCUGCUCACUUAUAAAACUUAUACAUCUGAUGCUAAUGAAGGUAUCUCAUUUAUUCAUAAUAUAGUUUGAGAAAUUGUAGUUACAAAGCUGCCGUAGGUAACCUUUGGUAAAAUGUACUUUUCACAUAUUUGUUAAAAUUGUCACUAUUCCUAACAGUAGCAUAUAGUUAGAUAAUUUGUGAAAAUAAAUCAAGCUCUUCUGGUUCCUCCCAGUGGUCCAACUGUCACUUGCAGAAAACACUGUUCCCAGUCAAAAACAAACAAUCAGAGCCAGGAGGAAUUAGCAGUGUCAAUCUUUCUGGUGUAUGAGCUACACACACCCUCCCUGCACAGCACAUACUGUUAUUUAAGCUAAAGAUUGCUGGUGUGGUGCAGCCCUGAUAAUAUGGGCAGGCUAGUUAUAGUGAGCCAUAUCAUUAAUGUUUUGUCUCUACCUGUGAAUGUGCCAUAGCUGUUUAUCUGCCGUGAUCUGUGGCCCUGCUUACUAGCCUUCAUGGCAGGCUGAGCUGUGGGGGGAAGGCUGUAGCACAGCCGAGAGCAAGGGAGAAAGUCCUGUAAGGUGUGCUUGUUCAAAUUUUCAGGCUAAGUCCAUGAUGUCAUGGACCCCCGAUGAUGGCAGAUAAACAGUUAUGGCACAUUUACUGGUAGGGACAAAACAUGCAGUGGACUACAAAAUCACAGCGAGAAAUAGAAAUGGCACUGGUCCAAUAGUACAUUCUCUGUUUCAACAGUUUAGUAGAAUAAAAAAAAUAUUCACAACAGUAUUGGAAUUCAUUUAAAUUGAAUUCUAACUCACCUAAAAUCAGGUAAGUGAAUCAGAAGGAACAUGUGGAUUUACAGAGGAAAGUCCAGAUAGAUUUUAAAUAUUUUAGCUGUGCUGAUUGUUGGAAACGUUUUAGCAAGAAACAAUAUUUAAAAAUCCACACAGAUCCACAAAGGAGAGAAACCAUUUGUUGAAAAGAUUUAACUACAAGUCCCUUUUAAGAACACAUGAAGUCCACACUAGAGGGUGACACGGGAGUGGAUUUUCUCUCCUGUCCCAU